GAGAAAAUAAAAAACCUCAUCCUCAUCUCCCGCGGGAAGAUUCACUCCCUCCAGGGCCUCCACCCUUCAAUUCCAUGGUCAUCUAAAUGAUCACAGUUUGUCAUCCCGCAGCUCGAUCACCAUGCACGCCUUGACCUUCUUCUCGAAUUCAAAUAGUCUCAACACUUCCAUCUCUCAAUUCUCACCAAGAAGGAAGCACGGCGGGAGCAUCGAAAUUGGUCGACCCACGCUUUCCUUUUCCUGUUUCCGAGCAAAACUGAAGAUGGGUCUUGAUGGGGAAGAGUUGCAGACUCUUGGGGGCUACAUGGCCAGUGGAGGGACCAACGUGGGAGACGAUCUGGUGGUGCUGAUGGACCAUCUGCAAUACGCGUGCAAAAGAAUCGCGGCGUUGGUUGCAUCCCCUGCGAAUGCUUCUCUAGGGAGGAAGAAGAACAAUAAAAGGAAAGAGAGUGGUGGACAUGGCGACACAGGAACUAGUAAUGAGCGUGACGACCCCAAGCCUCUGGACAUUGUCUCGAAUGAUAUAAUUUUGUCCUCCCUCCGAAGCUCCAGGAAAGUUGCAGUCAUGGCAUCAGAGGAAGAUGAUGUCCCCAUUUGGUUAAGUAACGAUGGUCCUUACAUUGUGGUGACUGAUCCUCUUGAUGGCUCUCGAAAUAUUGAUGCUUCAAUUCCAACUGGAACAAUAUUUGGGAUUUACAACCGUCUCCAGGAAUUGGACCAUUUGCCCAUUGAGGAGAAGGCACUGCUAAAUUCACUACAAAGUGGAGCAAGGCUUGUUGCUGCAGGAUAUGUAUUGUAUUCAUCCGCUACAAUACUUUGCAUUACCUUUGGUGCGGGAACGCAUGCAUUUACGUUGGAUCAUUCGACUGGAGAUUUUGUCCUUACACAUCCAUCCAUUGAGAUUCCACGCAGAGGUCAAAUCUACUCAGUAAAUGAUGCACGGUAUUUUGAUUGGCCUGAAGGUUUAAAACUGUAUAUUGAUAAUAUUAGGCAAGGUAAAGGUCAGUACCCAAAGAAGUAUUCUGCUCGCUAUAUUUGUUCACUCGUUGCUGAUCUUCAUCGCACAUUGAUUUAUGGAGGGGUGGCUAUGAACCCAAGGAAGCAUCUUCGUUUAGUUUACGAGGCAAACCCUCUCAGUUUUCUCGUGGAACAGGCUGGAGGAAAGGGUUCUGAUGGUAAAAACAGGAUUCUGUCAAUUCAACCGGUGGAACUUCAUCAGCGGCUUCCUCUGUUUUUAGGAAGUGCGGAGGACAUAGAAGAGUUGGAGAGCUAUGGUGAUGUCCAGCAGUUGGUAAAUCCUGGAUAUGAAGUCUGAUUGAUGUAGGUUGGCUGCAGUCAGUGACGUCCAGCACCGUUCUUGAACGUUUGGUUUCUCUCCUGGCGUUCCAAAAGCAAGAACCAAACACGCUUGAGGGGAAGAACUACAGGGGCAGUCGAUCAGUAGAAGAUUUGUUCCGCUUUAAGAUCAGUUUGACGCUUUCACUAAACUGUUUUCCGGCCUUGCAGCAGCAAAGUACGUUCCGGAACAUUCUUUCAUUUUGGAAGCCGUGAAGGGUUCGGAUUUGGUUCCAAUCUACCAUCUACUGAAUUCAAUUUCCCUAUGUUACCAUGUUUGGAUAGGAACUGAGGAUCAAACCCUGAUUU